AUGAAGCUCUCCUCCUCGUUCGUCCUCGCCCUCGCCGCAGCAUCGUCUGCCUCGGCAUCGCCACUGCUGCCUCGUCAGCAGUCGGCCUCGUCGGCGCUGGGCAACCUCCCCACCCCGUCUGCCGUGGUCUCGUCUGCGGCUUCCGUGCUCACUCUGACGGCGACAUCAUCCCUCACGCGUGCUUCGUCCUCCUCUCCUCCUGCGCCCAGCACCACCUCGGGUGCCAGCUCCGGCCCACGCCCGGCCACCACCGCACCCACCACGUUCAACGACACGCAGAUCCUGCAGUAUGCCCUGACGCUCGAGCAUCUCGAGGCGACGUUCUACAACCAGUCGCUCUCGAAGCUGUCUGCGGCCGACUUUGAGGCUGCGGGCUACAACGCGUCGGUGCGCAACCAGAUCUACGCCAUCGGCCGUGAUGAGGCGUCGCACGUUGAGCUGCUGACCCAGGCACUUGGGAACCAGUCGGUGCCCGCGUGCACGUACAACUUUUCGUCAGUUACCGAUGUGGCUAGCUUCCUCACCACUGCUCGUGUUCUCGAGGGCGUAGGUGUGAGCGCAUACUUGGGCGCUGCGCAGAACGUAACCGACAAGUCGGCGCUCGAGACGGCAGGUAGUAUUCUGGUUGUGGAGGGACAGCACCAGAGCUAUCUGAUCGCGCAGACUACCGACGGUGGCAAUGCCAUUCCCAGUCCGUUCGCGACACCGUUGGACUUCCAGCAGGUCUACUCGCUCGCCGCGCCGUUCAUCGAGUCGUGCCCGCAGAACGCCAGCUUGCCCAUCACUGCCUUCCCCACGCUCUCGCUGUCCGGCGGUGCGUCCAACGGCUCCCUCACCCCCGGUCAGCAGGUCACCGUUUCCUACGACUCCAGCAACGCCACAAACACCACCACCACCAACAACUUGUCCUCGCCCUCGUCGAACCAGACCUACCUCGCGCUCAUCCAGGGCGUCAACGGCACACAGUUCGUCCCCCUGACCAGCGGUAGCGGCUCGCAGGUCACCCUGCCCUCCAACCUGACCGGAGGGCAGGUGUACGCCGUCGUCACGUCGUCCAACAACACGGUGACGGACGACAACACGCUCGCCGGCCCCGCGGUUGGCUACGUCAACAUCCCCCUGCCUGAGGCGCCGGACGCGACGAGCACUGCUUCCUCGUCCGCUGCGUCCGGUACAGCUACGUCGACCGACAGCGUGGGUGGAGCAGGUGGUGCGGCCCCUACGGACUCGCCGAGCGCUUCGAACGGCGCGUCUGAUGCGCCUGCGGCCACGGCAACGCCGAGUGGAAGCGACUCGAUUGUCUCGUCGACUCCGGUCAGCACCGCUACGGGUUCUGCGUCGGAUUCCGGCGCGUCCGCUUCGCCAAGCGUUGCGCCUAGCCUCGCCAGCUUGGGCUCGGCCAACCUUCCCCAGCCCACCACCACCAACUAG